AUGCGGUACCUCACCAACAGCAGCUUAAAUCUUUUGUACUGUAGGAUGCCUGCACCCCUUGCACGCUUAGUGAAAGAUCUCAUUACUGACCCACAUCCGGACGCGAAUUACGUGUCCGUCAAAUCCGAGGUUCUCCGUCGGAACACACCAUCCGCGAAAAGGAAAUUCCAGACACUGAUGCAGGAUGAACAUCUGGGAUCUCGGACGCCAUCUGAGUUUCUUCGUCGUUUGUGUGAACUCAGCGACACUCCACUUGAGAACAAUCCUCUGCUUAGGAAAUUGUUUUUCUCUCAACUACUGCCGAAUGUCCAAUCCAUACUGGCCACAACGGUCGACUCCAAUUCGCUCGAUCAGAUAGCCACCAUCGCGGACAAGAUCAUAGAGUUCACUGUGCAGCAUACCUGUUCGGGCCCCGUAGUAGCUUCCUCUACUAUCACAAAGUCUUCUCCCACGUUACAUGACGACAUUUUGGAGAGAAUCGAUGCAUUAGCACGUCGCAUGGACACAUUGUCGCGAGAACAUGCCAGCUCUCGUCGUCCUCGCAGCAGAAGCCGUUCUAAGUCCCGGUCGUCAAGUUCUACUCCAACGGUUUCCAGUCUCGGCUGGUACCAUGCCACAUUCAAGGAUAAAGCCCAUCGUUCAAACUGUCGUGAAACUAGUUACGGAAGAUUUGGGCACUUCAAAAUCCUCCGCAAUUUUUCAUCUCAUCGUGCAUUCUUCGUUAAGGAUCGUGUGUUUAACGAAUCGUUAAUGGUUGACACCGGAUCCAGCUGUUCUAUUUGGCCUUUGCGUCUUACUUCAGACAAGCAGAAGUAA